ACUAUAGAUUUUGAAGCAGUGACAAAGGACGUACGUGUACCGAGGCUCCAGAGCUGAAGCCAGAGCGCGAAGUAUUCUCCGGCAGUAUCGAAGCUUGAUCGAUGGAUGGCAAAAUUCUCGGGGAGAAUUUCAUGCGCUGAUUAAGGAAAGCGACGAGAGAAUUUCAUUAUUAUUAUUAUUUCAAUUAUUAUAAUUAGUCGAGGAAAAUGCAGUCGUUAAGCAUUAAGGUUUCCACGGAUUUGAAUACGGGGAUGUGGAAGGAAUGGUUGCGGGGCCAAGGAAGCUCUGGACUAGCGGAACUCGAGGCCUCCACAAGGAGGCGAUGGUUGAAUUGCAGAUAUUUUGCUCGGAAUUGUAGGAUUGUAGCGUGUGCUUCUCAGAGGAAUAGUGAUGGCGGUGGCGGAGCGGGUCAGAGUUCCAGUUCGAGUCCGAGUUCGUUCUUGUCUCAGAGCCAAACGUACGCUCUCUUAAAGCAACAAAUGGAGGUUGCCGCCAAAUCUGAGGAUUACAAAGAAGCUGCAAGGAUACGUGAUUCGUUGAGACUAUUCGAGGAAGAAGAGCCGGCUUUGCGUCUGCGUAGAUUGAUGAAGGAGGCAGUUGCUGAUGAGAGGUUUGAGGAUGCAGCCAAAUAUCGUGAUGAGUUGAAGGAAAUUGCACCACACUCUCUCCUAACAUGUUCCAGUGAUGCAACAACCUUUGGAAUCAGGGUUCAAGUCCGAAGUGUUUACAUAGAGGGCCGCAGUCAACCUUUGAAGGGGCUGUUCUUCUUUGCAUAUAGAAUAAGAAUUACUAAUAAUUCAGAUCGCCCGGUUCAACUUCUCCGAAGACAUUGGAUUAUUACUGAUGGCAAUGGAAAAGUUGAGAAUUUCUGGGGAAUUGGAGUUAUUGGUGAACAGCCUGUUAUACUUCCUCAGACAGGCUUUGAAUACUCAUCGGCAUGCCCCUUAAACACUCCCAAUGGCAGAAUGGAAGGUGAUUUUGAGAUGAAACACAUCGACAGUGUAGGCUCGGAGCCAUUUAAUGUGGCUAUUGCUCCAUUUUCUCUUUCAAUAUUAGAAGACGAAUUGAUGCUCUAUGAGAAAUGAGCUGUGGGCUUGACUUUGGAGAAUUGGAAGAAUUGCAUCAGUAAGAUGCAUCCAUAUGUCAAGUUGAAGGGUUGAAAAACUACUUUACUCAUAUUUUGCAAUGCAAAGUUUAAAAAUCUGUGUAUUUUUCGUGAGUGUAAGGAGCAUCUCUAUUGUUCUUCUACAUUCUAAUCCUCAUCUUCUGUAGCAAACUUAUUAUGAAAGAAAUGAAUUGAAAGGAUGAAUGUAUAGAAUACUAUCUGAGGUAUUUCCUUUUUAUCGAGGUAUCGAUACGUUUAAGUUGUA